UUCCUCACAGUUAGCCUUACGAAAACAUCACGGGUUCCCGCAAAAAACAUCCUCCACAGCCUGACAGGCUCAAAGCAACGACAGCGAAACGCUUAUCAUGGCGACGACACACACAACCGUGCCGGCCGGGCUCACGGCCCUCCUAGAGACACACCUCCCCAACUCUCUCCCCGUCCUCCGCCGCCUGCAAUUCACCCGCUUCAAGGGCGGCAUCCGCCCAACCGCCCGCAUAAUCUUCGCCUCCGACUCGCCCCUGGCAGCAAUUCCCGACGAGGAGGCCGGCUCACCUGACAAGAAGAACAACUUCACGGUAGCGUACCUGGACUUCGGCAGCAACAACGAGACCCAGCUCUUCAUCUACUCCACCCUCGAAGACGGCACCGUCGCGACCGACGAGGAGAGGGAGGCUGGCGAGCGGCACAUCAUGGCGGCCCUAGACGCCGUGAGGCAGGUGAGCGACGAGCAGCCGGACAACCGAGCGUACCCCGGCGCCUGCCUCGUCGGGACGCUCGCCACCGUCACAAGGGACGUGAUGAUCAGGCGCGGCGCGCGGGUGAAGCCGCGAGCGGUCCACGAGUACGAGAAGUGGCUGUUUCGGGUCGAGGAGAUCCCCGAGUUCGACGCGGUGCUGCCCGAGGGCGCGAUGUGGGCGUCGGCCACGGAGCGGGACUGCGAGAUUGUGAUCUCGAGGACGACGGUUCCUCGGCAGGUCAAGACGCUCAUGUCGUUCCAGAGCCUGGUGCUCAAGCUGGCGGAUGGGACACCCAUCGCGUGGUCAUUCUUGGGCACCGACGGCUCCUUGAGCAGCCUCCACUGCGAACCGGAAUACCGCCAGAGAGGCUACGCAAAGGCGCUCGCCGCAAGGCUGCUCAAGAGGGGUACCGGCGACUACGGCUCCGAUGGGUGGGUUUGUGCCGAUGUCGCCCCGACGAAUCUGGGCAGUCGGGGCAUGUGCAAGAGUCUGAACGGCAGGCAUGCGUGGAACUGUUCAUGGAACAUCAUUGUGCUGGACGACGAGGGAGUCAAGGGCUAGAGGUGUAAGGGAUCCAGCAGGUCUUCGCGUCCGAAGCCAAUGGCUCUCCGCCGGAGAGAAGCGUUUACACUCUUGUUUUCGUCAGCAUCGAGGUGCGAGGAGCCAACCUCUUCAGAACAUCUCUACAGACACACAGCUGGAACUUUCUAAAUGAUGGGACUACCCAAAUAGCACCUCGAUCACUGCGGCACGCGCAAGACGAGCACCCCAGCAACUGCGUAGAAGACUACAAUAGUCUGCUCAUGUAAAAAGUGUUUAGUUUGAUCCUACGAAGCGUUUUUUUUUAUAAAAAU